CCGCUGCUUGUUUUCCGCUCGCGGCGGCAGAAACCCGGAGGCGAUACAGAAACACUGUGCGCUUAAUGAACACAGGAAACACUUAUCUUUUCUCCAUUCAGAACAUAAUUAUUUCAUCUUUUUGGUCAACAGGCGGAAAUACGAGCAGAUUUUUUUCUUUCCGAUUGCUGCUAUUCUUUCUCUGUCUCUCUUUCGCUGUCAUUCAGAAAUCGUACCACUGAAGCCACAUUUUAAGCGCUCAUGUGUGUGCGCUUGUUCUUUUUAUAACUCUAAACUUUUUCUACAGUGGCUUCACUGGGUCAUUCCGCCUUUUAAUUAAUUCAUCAAAACUAUCGAGACGCGGUUGUCCUGGCUAAAUCGACAGACGAGUUUCUGAAUGUGUUGAUCUGUUGCUGAUGAGAUCGAUUGGACCAAUUGGGACCAGCACAGUAUGUUGAAAUAAAAAGUGGAUAACAAACUGAGGAAUAUCUUUCAUCCCUGCUGAAUAUCAAAGGGAAUUUUUUUAUGUACCUGAAGAGAUGUUCGGAGGAGAUGAUUGGAAACUGACAGAUGUGGCAGAUGUGGUCAUGAUGUCGCAUCUCCAGCGUUGAAACGGGAUCCUGUACCGUGAGGGUCACACAGGAAUCUGUGGAAGGAAUUGCUAGAGUAAAGAGAGACUGCUUGACAGGUUGAAGAGUGAGGACAUCCAUCGUGGUCUGUCAGCCAUAAUGAAUCUUCUAUGGACCUGUCUGUUUCUUCUGGAGUCUGUCUGGACAGCCACUGCUGUGCGAGGUCCGCCCCGCGUGUCGGAGCACGUGGCCCACCGUCAGGCCAUCCGUCUGGGCCGCACCGUCAAGCUGACCUGCCCCGUGGAGGGGGACCCCCCGGCGCUCAUCAUGUGGACCAAGGACGGCCGCAACAUCCACAGCGGCUGGUCGCGCUUCCGGGUGCUGCCGCUCGCGCUCCGCAUCAAGGCCGUGGAGACGGAGGACGCCGGCACCUACGUCUGCAAGGCCGCCAACGGCUUCGGCAGCGUCAACAUCAACUACACCCUCAUCGUGAUCGAUGACUCCAGUGCAGUGAGAGAUGCAACAGUGGUGGACCCAGUAGAACACCCCACGGAAGCUUCUGGAAAACAAGUGCGUCCCCGCUUCACCCAGCCGGCCAAGAUGAGGAAGCGUGUGAUCGCGCGACCCGUGGGCAGCUCCGUGCGCCUCAAGUGCACGGCGAGUGGCCAGCCCCGCCCGGACAUCGUCUGGCUGAAGGACAACCGCCCCCUGGAGGCGGAGGAAGGCGCGGCCGAGGCGGUGGAGGAGCGGGGAGCGGAGGAAGCAGGAGGAGAAGGCGAAGGAGAAGGAGGGAGGAAGAAGUGGACCCUGAGCCUGAGGAACCUGAGCCCAGAGCACAGCGGGAAGUACACCUGCCACGUGUCCAACCCCGCCGGGGAGAUCCACGCCACCUACAAGCUGGAGGUCAUCCAACGUACCAACUCCAAGCCCAUCCUGACCGGUACCCACCCGGUCAACACCACUGUGGACUACGGGGGGACCACGUCCUUCCAGUGUAAGGUCCGCAGCGACGUCAAGCCUGUCAUCCAGUGGCUGAAGAGGGUGGAGCCAGGCGACGAGAACAAAUAUAACUCCACCAUCGAGGUUGGAGACCACCGCUUCGUAGUGCUGCCCACGGGGGAGGUGUGGUCGCGGCCCGACGGCUCCUACCUCAACAAGCUGCUCAUCAGCCGGGCCAAGGAGGAGGACGCGGGCAUGUACAUCUGUCUGGGGGCCAACACCAUGGGCUACAGCUUCAGGAGCGCCUACCUCACCGUGCUGCCAGAUUUGAAGCCAAACGUCGCCCCCGUUCCCAUGGCAACCGCCCCCAGCCUCCCCUGGCCGGUGAUAAUAGGCAUCCCAGCAGGCGUGGUCUUCAUACUGGGCACCGCCCUUCUCUGGUUCUGCCAAUCAAAACGCACGUGCUCCACCUCCACUUCCUCGUCUUCCUCCACCCUGCCGUCCGUCCAGCGGCCCGCGACGGCGGCCAAUCGGGAGCGAGCCGGCCCCGCGGCUCACGGCGCGCCGGCCAAUGGGAACAAAGAUUGCCUGUCUUACGAGGACUACGUGGCCCAUCAGCAGCAGCAGCAGCUGCUCCUGGCCCAGGGAGGCCCGGGACUGGCACCCAAGGUGUACCCCAAGCUGUACACGGACAUACACACGCACACGCACUCGCACGUGGACGGGAAAGUGCACCAGCACCAGCACAUCCACUACCAGUGUUAGCACUAGGGGGCGCCGGCGGGGCCCAGAGACAUCCAUAUCUUCACUCGGUCUGUGUUUGGGGACUCGGCGAGAGACACGGUCGGCACAGACACAGACGCAGUUAUCCGCUGCAGUCGAUCAUGACUCAGAGGACCGGGACACGGGAAGGAACGCGACGGACUGUGAGGAGAUUUGUGGACAAAACCGGAGAAGGGAACUUGUUUAAAGAAGUGUUUUUGUUUCCGAGGUUUUUUUUUAUCUCUUUUACAACCGGGAGUGUUUGCAUAUUGAGAGCUGGACAUAAAAACAAAAUUGAGGACUGCAGUGGAUCAGAAACAUAAUUAUUUACAGGUGGCAAUGCUCGCGUAGGGCCCUUACAACCCAGCAGUAAAACGCCUGCUAUUUAAGACUUUUCUGAAUACCAAACUCACCCACCCUUCUAGACCAUAUAUAUCAGCACCUGGAACCUUCUGCCAGCAACACAGACGUCCGUGGUGUGAGCUGAAAGCAUGUUUAACGUCAGACUCUUUUCUCCUUUCUCUACCUUUGCUCACCUUCGAUAACACUCGUACCUCCUUAGUAAAUGCAUAAAGUGCAUAAUGUAUUUACCUCGCAGAAAUCCAAACUGAUUUAUUUGUGCAGACUGAUGAAAACGAUGAGUGCGCAGAUCCUUCUUAAACAAACCGUCUCAUCCAAAGCAAAGAACGAUACAGUGUGCAGAAUAUGUGCAGUGGAUGUCCAGCAGUCAUUCGUUGUGGAGGAUUAGAGUCUGUAUUCCAUAGUCCAUGACUUCCACACCUGACGAGGCGUACCGAGAGCAGCGAACCCCUUCAGCCAAGGAGGCGCCCGAACCAGAUCAAGGCAUUGCGUCCGUGUUGGGAGACACCGCGGUCUGGGCCUGCAGCGACCCUGUAAACCCCCCCCCACCCCACACCCCUCAAACAGCACUCUGGUGGCGUUGUGGGUUUGCAAGACUCACUUCCCGGUGCGAAGGCCCCGUUUCCCAUUCCUCGUUGUCUACUUCUCAAGUUUGUUUGACACCCGCCAGCGUUUGAAUGAAACGGGAGCAGGGAUGGGGGGGUGUGUGGGUGGGGGG